GCGUCUGUGCUGCUGCUCCUGGCGCUGGACGCACUGCUGUGGCCCGUAGCUGGCGCCUGGGAGCUCACCAUCCUGCACACCAACGACGUGCACAGCCGGCUGGAGCAGACCAGCAAGGACUCCGGCAAGUGCCGCAACGCCAGCCUUUGUGUGGGCGGUGUGGCGAGGCUCUUCACCAAGGUGCAGCAGAUCCGCCAAACGGAACCCAACGUGCUAUUGCUGGACGCCGGCGACCAGUACCAGGGCACCAUCUGGUUUACUGUGUACAAGGGCUCCGAAGUGGCGCACUUUAUGAACGCUCUGCGCUACGAUGCCAUGGCACUGGGAAAUCACGAAUUUGAUAAUGGCGUAGAAGGACUAAUGAAUCCACUCCUCAAGGAGGUCAACUUUCCAAUUCUUAGUGCAAACAUUAAGGCAAAGGGGCCAUUGGCAUCUCAAAUAGCAGGACUUUAUUUGCCAUAUAAAAUACUUUCUGUUGGUGGUGAAUCCGUGGGAAUUGUUGGAUACACUUCAAAAGAAACCCCUUUUCUUUCAAAUCCAGGAGCGAAUUUAGUAUUUGAAGAUGAAAUCGCUGCCUUGCAACCUGAAGUAGAUAAGCUAAAAACUCUAAAUGUGAACAAAAUUAUUGCACUGGGGCACUCUGGUUUUGAAAUGGAUAAACUCAUCGCUCAGAAAGUGAAGGGUGUGGAUGUCGUGGUGGGAGGACACUCCAAUACUUUUCUCUACACAGGCACUGCACCUUGUACAGAGGUGCCUGUUGGGAAGUACCCAUUUAUAGUCACCUCUGAUGAUGGGCGGAAGGUUCCUGUGGUCCAGGCCUAUGCUUUUGGCAAAUACCUAGGCUAUUUGAAGGUUGAGUUUGAUGAAAAGGGAGAUGUCAUCACUUCACAUGGAAAUCCUAUUCUUCUGAAUAGCAGCAUUCCUGAAGAUGCAAGCAUCAAAGCAGACAUUAACAAAUGGAGAAUAAAAUUGGAUAAUUAUUCUACCCAAGAACUGGGGAGAACGAUUGUCUAUCUGGAUGGCUCUACUCAAUCAUGCCGCCGUAAAGAGUGUAACAUGGGCAACUUGAUCUGUGAUGCUAUGAUUAACAACAACCUUAGACACCCAGAUGAAAUGUUCUGGAAUCAUGUGUCCAUGUGCAUUUUAAAUGGAGGUGGCAUCCGGUCACCAAUUGAUGAACAGAACAAUGGCACGAUUACCUGGGAGAACCUGGCUGCUGUGUUGCCCUUUGGAGGCACAUUUGACUUGGUCCAAUUAAAAGGCUCCACCCUGAAGAAGGCUUUUGAGCACAGUGUGUAUCGAUACGGCCAGUCCACAGGAGAGUUCCUACAGGUGGGCGGAAUCCAUGUGGUAUAUGAUCUUUCUCGAAAACCUGGGGACAGAGUGGUCCAAUUAGAUGUCCUUUGCACUAAGUGUCGAGUACCCAGUUACGAGCCUCUUAAAAUGGAUGAGGUAUAUAAGGUGACCCUCCCAAACUACUUGGCCAAUGGUGGAGAUGGAUUCCAGAUGAUAAAGGAUGAAUUAUUGAAACAUGACUCUGGUGACCAAGAUAUCAACGUGGUUUCUCAAUACAUCUUAAAAAUGAAAGUAAUUUAUCCAGCAGUUGAAGGUCGGAUCAAGUUUUCUGCAGGAAGUCAUUGCCAUGGAAGUUCUUCUUUAAUAUUUCUUUCAUUUUUGGCAGUGAUCCUUGUUUUAUACCAAUAGUCAACAAAAUCUCCUUGCCAUUAAUGUGAAACUGACUUUUUUUCUGAGAGAUUUUCAGACCUGUCUCUUAGGACCUGGCUUUGUGAUAGCACAGACCUACCCGUGGGCUCCUAGAAGCUGAAGCUUAGAGCAUUGUGAACACAAGAGACUGAUAUCAUCACUCAGGAUCAGCAACUUAGUGAACAGAUAGAGAAAGAAAAUAAAUAGGGCUUUAUCAGGAAAAACCUAACCAUAUUUAGUUACAUAUCCAAAUAUUAAUAAGAAUUUAAACUAUAGAACUUUAAACCAUAAAAAUUAUUUUUUCCUUUAUAUCCAUUUCUAAUCCAACAACUUAUGUUUACAUAGAACUUAAUAAUUUAUAAGGAAGUUUUAAAUACAUGGUCUCAUUUAAUACCCAUUACUUUCUUUGGGGGGUUUUCCCCAUUUGACACAUGAGGAAACAGAAGCUCAGAAAAGGGUUGACUUGAUGGAGGCUAAGGGACACAUCCAAGACCAGACCUAAAAUCCAAUGCUAUUUCAAAUACAUCAAGUUGCUGUCAGUCUGAUACUCAAUAGUCUCCUCUUUCUGACUAUCAAUGGCCCCAAGUUCAUGGAUGAGAAGUCUUUACUUCUGGUCUCAACUGGCCCCAGCCCACGCCCAUUUUGCCUCCUGCUGUAGUAGCAAGUUCAAUGAGUAAACACAGGAUAGCACUCUCUGUCUCAUCACUAUGUACCUUUGAUGAGUCAGCAAACAAACUGUGAAGCAGGUAAUGGGAAAGACCAGAGGUUUCAAAAGGCAGUCAAGGGACAGGAGAUAAAGGGGAGGGAAGAACAGGAUGCCAAGACUGACUUAGAUUACAGAAAAGAAAGAGCUUUAUAAAGGGUGUUUAGAUGUUAGAUAACUAUUUGCCAGAGAGGAUCAGCAUGGUGCUUGACAAACAGUAUUGGCUGUUAUUAAUUUUAUGAGAUUCCAUCAGCUCUGCCUCUGUGCUCUUUCCUUCUUUCUUCUUAACAUGAGUGUCAUGAGAAGAGAACUUUGUAAAAUAAACUAAUUCUAAACCUGCACCUGUCCCUCCCCAAGAUACCAGCACUGUACUUACUCUAGUCACACUACACACAUUAUGGAAAAUCCAGAGUUCUGGAAGACAACUGAUUUUAAAAAUUGUGUACACAGAUAUUUGAAGUCACUCUGCCUCAAAAAAUAAACAAUCACUGUAAGUCACUCUCAAGUCCAGAUAUGAGAACAUCUGCAGUUAGGGGGCCCCAGACUGGAUGCUCAGCAAAUACCCAUACUGAUGAAAGAACAAAUACUUCCCUAAGGUGGUAGUGGGUGCAGGUGAGCCUGCUUAGAUGGCAUCAUUAAUUCAACAAGCAAUGGGAACCUUCACCUUAAAAAUAGCGAGCACAGGACAGCUGGAAAUUUGGAGAGGGAGUAUGUUUGUUUCUCAGUGUUUACAAAUAUUAAGUACUUUUAAACUUUAUUAUAACCUUUUUAUAAAGUUUGUUGCAGUAAAAUAAUGCUUAGUUCUGUGCAUAUAAGAUUAGCUAUAAAUCAAUAAAUAUCAAUAAGAAUGUACAAAAAAAAUAGAGAAAGGUGCGCAUUUGGGGUAUAUUUUUUAUGCUUGGCCAGUAAACUACGAUAAGUCUUAGAGCACAUUUUUGUAAAGAACAUUUUUGUAAGUUUUCUAAAUAUGUGUAUAUGUAUUGUGCAGUGGGGUAUGAGAAAUGACCUUGGACCACUUUGUAAUUGUAGAUUCCAAACAAUAAAAUUGAAAUAUGCUCCUUC